GUUGUUAAACUCUGCGACUUUGGUUUCGCACGACACAUGGUAUCGCCGUCAUCGUCUUCAUUACCGUACGGAAAGUACGGCAAUGGCAACAGCACCAGCAACCGUCACUGUAACGUAAACGGUAGUCCUGAUGGCGAUUACCACGCCAACGGUUGCUAUGCCGUACAGGAAGACCCCAAGACGCCGUACACCGUGACCAGAUGGUAUCGUCCGCCGGAGGUAUUGGUUGGCAGUAGCUGGUACGGCGCUUCGGUUGACAUUUGGUCGUACGGUUGUACACUGGCCGAGCUGGCAAUUGGCAGGCCGCUGUUCCCAGGCAGCUCCAGCCUAGACCAGCUGCACCGCAUCAUGAGCUGCCUGGGUCCCCUGCCGCCGCAUCUGGCAGCCACCAUGUACGACAACCCGGGUUUAGAACCCUUAAGGGCCGCGCAGUCACUACACGACACCAGCAACAACCAACACUACCUUCACGACCUUCGCCACGACUACCGGCCUAAUGGCUCCGCUGGAAAGGGGCUGGGCAUGAUGCGGCUACGGCAGAGACUGGCGAAGCUGGAGCCACGGCUGUUCGAGUUGGUUGCCACAUGCCUGACACUCGACCCACGGCAACGACCCACGGUUCAUGAGCUCCUCCAAAUGCCUUACUUUUGGGACGUUGGACGCCUGCUGGUCGCCGGUAACAGGGAUCUCGUAAGACACUUGCCGUACUUCCGUACAUCGGCCUCGCUGGAGCUACUGGGGAAACCCAGAAACGUUAACGGCAACGGUAGCGGUAAUGAGGCAAGCUCUUGCCUUGGAGGAGGAGGAGAGGCAGUGUUGCCUCCUUUGCCGUGCGGCAACAACGGCGGCAACAACAAUGGAUCGGCAAGCAAGGGGAAUGUGACAAAAAUGACGGCGGGUGGCAACGGCAACAUGGGCUGGUCGUUGUUACCUUCAGGAAGGAGACAAACAGCAGCAGGUACCAGCACCACCAGCAGCAACAGCAACACCAGCACCAGCACCACCUCACAAACUGUUGCAGCAGCCGGGCAACAGCGGCGGCUUACGGUUCCUGCGCCAGCCUCCACGAUCUUCCCAACCACCACAGCUCAACCGCCUUUAGCCGCAACUGCAGCAGCCGUUGGCUCUAACUGCCACAACGCGUCGUCGUCAGUGCGGCGAACGACUCCGGUGCCCUUCACUGCCACCAGCAACAGCCAAUGCAGCGCAGGCACUCGUACCGUGGAAACAGCUGCCAGCAGUGCGAAUGGCAAGGCCGAUGUCAUUGCUACCACCGCCACCGCUUCUGGACGUCCCAGGGUCAGCAUCACUUCCCACAGCGUUCGCACGUUUUGCAGCAGCAGCAGCAGUAGCGGAAGCUCCUGCAGCAAUAGCGGAAGCAUCCGGGGCAACAGCAGUAGCACCAGCACUGGCAGUACGGCAGAAACAGCUGCUGCCGCCACCUCAGCCACUACCACUGCCGCAACGAUUGCUGCCGCUCCACCUACUGCUGCAGCAGCCGCUACCCCAAGAGCCCUUUGCCGUGCCCCGUCUUACGUUGCCAAGGCUGCCAUUGCUGCUGCUGCCGUACACUGCCCUAGUCCUUCCCAUAGGCAACAAACUGUGUCGGCAGCACCAGCGGGGAUACGAACAGCGGCAUGCGCUAUGCCUGCAUCAGGGACGGUUUGUACGGCAAAGCUGUCGUCAUCUGCUGACGCAGUCUGUACGACAAGGGGCACGAUGACGUCACCGCGGUCCGCUGCAGCUCCGCUGCCGCCUGUGCUGAGCUGCAUUUCAAAUCCACCAAUUCCCAAGGGCAAGGCUCGCGGCUGUAACAUCAGCAAUAGCGGCUGUGCCGGUGGCAGCGGGGGUGAAGAAGGAGGAAUUAAUAACGGUGGCGGCGAGGGUGGUGGUGGUGGCGGCUAUAGCAUCAGCAAUGGCUGCGGUGGCUGGGGAUCUUCCCAAAGCCCGCCGUUGUACGGCAGCAGGAGGCCGCUGCACGACAGAAGAACGGUUGCUUUCAGCUCAUCAGGAAUUGAGUUGGAUGCAACAGCUGCUGCUCCCGGAGUUAACACCACAAGCAGUGGCAGCGGCAUUUACAGCGUUUGCAGCAGCAGCACCGCUACCACCAACAUUACAACAAACAAGCGGUGUCAUCAGGUUUCCUCGAGCUCCUCUGUACCUUUAACCGUCUUUACCCGCUUCUUCGGCUUCCCCACGCCAUCGGCGCGGCAUCAAUUCCUUGGUGGGGGUUACAACACUGGAAGUAGUGUCGCAACGGUGGAAGCGACCGCUGCCGUUGCUGGCGUUCCUGCCGUAGCAACGGUGACCAUUGUGGUUUCGAAAAGCGCUGCUGCUGCAGCUAGUACGGCAACGGCGGCGAGAACCAGUAUGAUAUCGGUUGUUGACGGCUCAACAACACCUGCAUGCAGACCCAUGGUUCCGGCCCCUACCUCCUACGCUUCCCCUCCUUUACCUUCCCGCUCCUCCACACCACCACCACCUUCAUCGCUUUCCAAAGACGGUUGCCUGGCUUUCUGUGCGUUGUUCAGAAAGCGCAGCGGCAGGAGCGGCGGCGGAUGAGUGUUUUGCGCGAGCAUGAGCCCCUACUGUUA